AUGCCUAACUAUUUGCUGAGCUACCAUGAUGAUCAGAGUCUUCAACUGGCCAUAACCACACAGGAUUAUCCAGCUGUUGUUCAAAUUCAGGUCAAUGCAAUCGGCUUCUCCACCUCGGUGAAAAUAGAGAAACAGAACACCAAAUGGAUUGCCAUACCUGGUAAUGCUGAAAUUGGGGGUCCAGGAGCUUCCACCAAAACAGUGCAGGUCACCUCCAACUCUGACAUCUCAGUGGUGGCCUUCAACUACAAGUUCUCGACCGGAGACAGUAGUGUGGUCUUCCCAACUGACCAGCUGGGUACUGACUAUGUGGUCUUCACCCCCAAGGAGGGUCCAAGCAACAUGCACAAGCUUGUGUCUAUUGUCAACGGCAAAGAGCCCAACAAGAUCACGAUCAUCCCUUUCUCCAACAUGGAUCUCAGUGGUAUGGAUUCCUGGAAGCAAAGACAGGCUGUGAUUUUUACCAUGGACCCAUACCAGGUCUACCUCUACCAAAGCUACACCACUUUCACUGGGACCAGGGUCAAAGCCAAGCACACUGUAGCGGUCCUGGGGGGACACGAGUGCGUCGCAGAUGGAGGCCGCUGCAAUCACGUAUAUGAACAACUGCUACCAGUACAGAGCCUUUCCACCAAUUACCUGGUUCCUUCCAUGCACAUGACACAUUCAACAGACUUUGUCAACAUUGUAGCCUCAGAGGACAACACUCUAGUAAAGAUCUUUGAGGGAAAGGUAUCCACUACUAAGGAGUUGAAUGCGGGGCAGGCGUAUGUGGUUUCUGUCCAACCCAAAUAUCCACUGAUCAUCAAAAGUGAUAAAAAGGUAAUGGUGAUGUACUUCAGCAACAACAAGCCCUACGAUCCGUUCCUCACCAACAUCCUCCCAACGUCUGAUCUGGCCAACGAGUGGUCAGUGGACACACAGAGCAAGUUCGAGAGCACAUUGGUCAUCGUCUCCGAGGGGGAAGGGAUCAACACCGUUAAAGUCUGUGAGAAAAAUAAAUGUGUGAAAUCUCUCCAAUGGACAUCAUUCAUCUCAGACCCUAAGUACAUGUGGGUUAAUGCUCCAUUGGGAGAGCAGCAACAGCAUUUCUCCAUCAAAGGUGACUCCCUCAUGGCUGUUUACGUUUAUGGUGGCAUGUCAAGAGACGGCUACGCUACAACAGGAGUAUGUUACAAAGGCACUGCACCACCCACUCCACCACCAGAUCCUUGUGAGAACGUCAAAUGCAGAGAAAAGGAAGAAUGUACAAAGGGGGUUUGUGUCCACAUCUCCAAAGCAACGUGCAGGGCUGUGGGCGACCCCCACUACCUCACCUUUGAUGGGGAGCGGUUUGACUUCCAGGGCACCUGCUCUUACGUCAUGGCUACUGUUGUUAAAUCUGAACCUGGCCUCAUCCCGUUCACUGUCCUGACCAAGAACAACCACAGAGGGAACAAGAGGGUGUCUUUCGUAAGGAAAGUCUCAGUCACGGUCUAUGGGCUGACUGUUGUGAUCAGCACGCAUAAAGGGAAGGUUGAGGUGAAUGGUGAGAACGUCUACCUGCCUGUGACCCUAGCCGGGGGAAACCUAACGGUGGUGCAGAGUGGCAGCUAUGCUGUUCUGAAGACAAACUUUGGCCUGAAGGUUAUGUACGACUGGAACAUGAAGUUCUACAUCACUGCCCCCAGCAGCUAUUUCCGCACCCUGGGUGGGCUCUGUGGGAACUACAACGGGGAUCGCAACGACGAGUUCACUAACCCCAAAGGUAACAAGGAACCCACAGUGGUGAAGUUUGCCCAGAGCUGGAGAACUGAAGACGGCGACUUGUUCUGUCAUGAUGACUGCCUAGGGGAAUGUCCUAGCUGCACUCCAGCUCUCCAACAGAAAUACAAAGGAGAGAAGUUAUGUGGUCUCUUGGCCAAAAAAGAUGGCCCAUUCGCCAGCUGCCACAAGGUCCUGGACCCAGGCAUGUUCAUGGACAACUGUGUCUAUGACAUCUGCAUCAAUAAAGGCAUCUACCAGUUCCUCUGUGAGAACAUGAAAAGCUACGAUGACGCCUGUUUGGCAGAGGGGGUCAAAAUUAGCCCUGAGUGGAGGACAAUCGCUGGAUGCCCACUGGAAUGUCCGUCAAACAGCUACUAUGAGGCGUGUGGCACAGCUUGCCCUGCCUCUUGUUCAGAUCUAGAUGCCGAAGCAAAGUGCAAGGAACCCUGUGUGGAGACCUGUCAAUGCAAGAAGGGCUUUGUCCUUAGCGGAGACAAAUGCGUCUCCAAGGAGAGCUGUGGCUGCUCUUAUGAAGGACGAUACUACCCGUCUGGAAUGAAGUUCUGGGAAGAUGACAAAUGCACAAAGCAGUGUGAAUGCAAUCCGGGAACAGCCAAGGUAGAAUGCAAAGCAACAGCAUGUAAGAAAUCAGAGAUGUGUGGCCUGCGUGGUGGUAAGAGAGAUUGCUACCCAACAUCUUAUGCCACUUGCCAAGGUUCAGGCGACCCCCACUACCGCACGUUUGAUGGCAAGAAGUUCGACUUCCAGGGAACGUGUACUUACGUUCUCUCCAAAUUGGUCAGCAAAGACGACAUAUCUCUGGCACCUUUUGAGGUGCUUGUAAAGAAUCAGAAUAGGGGAAGGAACACAGCAGUGUCUUACACAAAGACAGUCACCAUUACUGUCUUCAAAAACGUCAUCACCAUGAGUAGGGACAACCCUGGCAAAGUAUUGGUCAACAACCAGUAUGUGAACUUGCCAUUUGAUGUAGAAGAUGGCCUACUGUCCAUCUUCCGCAGUGGGUAUUUCGGGGUGGUGAAGACCAACUUUGGCCUGACACUGAAGUUCAACUGGAACAGCCACGUCUCCCUAACCCUCCCCAGCUCCUACUCAGACCUCAUCGGAGGGCUCUGCGGAAACUGGAAUGGCCAACGGAACGACGACCUCCUCAAACCAGACAAGAGACCUGCCAACACCCCAACAUUAUUCGGGGACAGCUGGAAAGUGGGGGAACGACCUGGCUGCUCCAGCGACUGUGACGGCAAGAAGUGCCCCACCUGUGACCACAGCCUGAUGCUGGAUUACCAAACAGGGAAGUACUGCGGCAGGAUCACAGACAAGAACGGUCCGUUCAAGCACUGCCACGCCAAGGUGGACCCCACAGAGUAUUAUGAGGACUGUGUGUUUGAUAUGUGUCUGUACCGUGGCCAUGCCUCUGCCCUCUGUAACGCCCUCAGCACCUACACCACUGCCUGCCAGGAUGCCCCUGCCAAGGUGGAACAGUGGAGGUCGGACAGCUUCUGUCCAUCUUCCUGCAAGGCCAACAGCCACUAUGAGGUGUGUGCCUCAAGCUGCCCCCAGACCUGCAGCGGCCUCGAUGAGCCUGAAAGCUGUGCGAACUCCCUGUGCACCGAGGGCUGUGUGUGUGACGACGGCUUCAUACUGAGUGAUAGCGAGUGUGUGCCGCUGGCUGAUUGUGGUUGCGUUCACCAAGGCCAAUACUACCAGAUGGGCCAGGUGUUCUUCCCCAACGGCCAGUGUAAAGAGCGCUGUGUGUGUAACAAGGAUGGAGACGUGGAGUGUAAUGUGAAGUUUGCCUGUGGUCCCAAUGAGAAGUGCCAGGUCCAAGACGGGGUGCAGGCCUGUGUACCCAUGAGCACGGGCACCUGCCAUGUGAGCGGGGCGAGGAGAUUCCACUCAUUCGAUGGCAGCUGCUUCAGCCUACACGGGGACUGUGUGUACAAAAUGUUGGAGGUUGUGGAGAAAUACGGUUCGAUGGCUCCAUUUGUUGUGUCAGUGCAGCAGUUGACCAAGAUGGAUGAUGCAAUGGUCACCAGGAGGGUUGAAAUACAGGCCUACAAAUACAAGAUAUCUAUGUCUCCCAGAGUGAUAUGGGAAAUAACGGUGGAUGACGUUGCUGCAAAUCUCCCACUGUCACUCGGAGAUGGAAAGGUCAGGGCCUACCAGAAUGGCAUUAACAUCGUCUUGGUAACAGACUUUGGCUUGAUGGUGACCUACGACACUGUUGCUGGCGCCAUCAUACAGCUUCCAUCCACUUACAAAGGUGUAACCGGUGGUCUCUGUGGCAACUAUAAUGACAAGAAGGAAGAUGACUUCCUGCUGCCCAGUGGGCUGCAGGAGCCGUCUGUGGAGAAGUUUGCAGCGGGGUGGUUGGUGGUUCUGGAAGGGGUCAAAUGUCAGACAGGAUGUGACGGGGGCUUGAAGUGUAGCAUCAUAAAGUCAACCAAGGGUCCAUUUGCCCAAUGCCAUGCUGUUGUGCCACCACAAGUGCACUUUGAGGAGUGCGUGAAGGAGGGAGAGGGUGGGGAUGCCCUGUGCCGCCACUUACAGACGUAUGUGACUUUCUGUCAGGCAUCCGGUGGCAUUGUCAGCAGUUGGAGAUCUGACCAGUUUUGUCCUCUGACGUGUCCAGCUAACAGUCACUAUGAGUUGUGUGCCGACACCUGUUCUUCCACCUGUGACUCUCUCAGUGAGUCUCCCAAAUGCCCACUAUGCCAGGAGGGCUGCCAGUGUGACGACGGCUUUGUGUUUGAUGGUGGCAAGUGUGUCCUACUGGAGAACUGUGGCUGUGUGGUUGAUGGACACUAUUACAUGUCUGGCCAGUCUGUGAUGCUGGGCAACUGUUCUGAGACCUGCAGCUGUGCUUCAGGAGUGUUCACCUGCAAGAACUCACAGUGCAAAGAGGGCCAGAAAUGUGGGUUGAAGAAUGGAGUCAUGGGCUGCUACAGCACAGACCCCUGUGAGGACACUGAGUGCCGUGAGAAGGAAAACUGUGUGGUGAAGAACAGUAAGGCUGUAUGUGUGGCCCAGUCUAAGGCCACCUGCAGGGCUGUGGGCGACCCCCACUACCUCACCUUUGAUGGGGAGCGGUUUGACUUCCAGGGCACCUGCUCUUACGUCAUGGCCACGGUUGUUAAAUCUGAACCUGGCCUCAUCCCGUUCACUGUCCUGACCAAGAACAACCACAGAGGGAACAAGAGGGUGUCUUUCGUAAGGAAAGUCUCAGUCACGGUCUAUGGGCUGACUGUUGUGAUCAGCACGCAUAAAGGGAAGGUUGAGGUGAAUGGUGAGAACGUCUACCUGCCUGUGACCCUAGCCGGGGGAAACCUAACGGUGGUGCAGAGUGGCAGCUAUGCUGUUCUGAAGACAAACUUUGGCCUGAAGGUUAUGUACGACUGGAACAUGAAGUUCUACAUCACUGCCCCCAGCAGCUAUUUCCGCACCCUGGGUGGGCUCUGUGGGAACUACAACGGGGAUCGCAACGACGAGUUCACUAACCCCAAAGGUAACAAGGAACCCACAGUGGUGAAGUUUGCCCAGAGCUGGAGAACUGAAGACGGCGACUUGUUCUGUCAUGAUGACUGCCUAGGGGAAUGUCCUAGCUGCACUCCAGCUCUCCAACAGAAAUACAAAGGAGAGAAGUUAUGUGGUCUCUUGGCCAAAAAGAUGGCCCAUUCGCCAGCUGCCACAAGGUCCUGGACCCAGGCAUAUCUAGAUGCCGAAGCAAAGUGCAAGGAACCCUGUGUGGAGACCUGUCAAUGCAAGAAGGGCUUUGUCCUCAGCGGAGACAAAUGCGUCUCCAAGGAGAGCUGUGGCUGCUCUUAUGAAGGACGAUACUACCCGUCUGGAAUGAAGUUCUGGGAAGAUGACAAAUGCACAAAGCAGUGUGAAUGCAAUCCGGGAACAGCCAAGGUAGAAUGCAAAGCAACAGCAUGUAAGAAAUCAGAGAUGUGUGGCCUGCGUGGUGGUAAGAGAGAUUGCUACCCAACAUCUUAUGCCACUUGCCAAGGUUCAGGCGACCCCCACUACCGCACGUUUGAUGGCAAGAAGUUCGACUUCCAGGGAACGUGUACUUACGUUCUCUCCAAAUUGGUCAGCAAAGACGACAUAUCUCUGGCACCUUUUGAGGUGCUUGUAAAGAAUCAGAAUAGGGGAAGGAACACGGCAGUGUCUUACACAAAGACAGUCACCAUCACUGUCUUCAAAAAUGUCAUCACCAUGAGUAGGGACAACCCUGGCAAAGUAUUGGUCAACAACCAGUAUGUGAACUUGCCAUUUGAUGUAGAAGAUGGCCUACUGUCCAUCUUCCGCAGUGGGUAUUUCGGGGUGGUGAAGACCAACUUUGGCCUGACACUGAAGUUCAACUGGAACAGCCACGUCUCCCUAACCCUCCCCAGCUCCUACUCAGACCUCAUCGGAGGGCUCUGCGGAAACUGGAAUGGCCAACGGAACGACGACCUCCUCAAACCAGACAAGAGACCUGCCAACACCCCAACAUUAUUCGGGGACAGCUGGAAAGUGGGGAACGACCCUGGCUGCUCCAGCGACUGUGACGGCAAGAAGUGCCCCACCUGUGACCACAGCCUGAUGCUGGAUUACCAAACAGGGAAGUACUGCGGCAGGAUCACAGACAAGAACGGUCCGUUCAAGCACUGCCACGCCAAGGUGGACCCCACAGAGUAUUAUGAGGACUGUGUGUUUGACAUGUGUCUGUACCGUGGCCAUGCCUCUGCCCUCUGUAACGCCCUCAGCACCUACACCACUGCCUGCCAGGAUGCCCUGCCAAGGUGGAACAGUGGAGCAUCUUCCUGCAAGGCCAACAGCCACUAUGAGGUGUGUGCCUCAAGCUGCCCCCAGACCUGCAGCGGCCUCGAUGAGCCUGAAAGCUGUGCAAACUCCCUGUGCACCGAGGGCUGUGUGUGUGACGACGGCUUCAUACUGAGUGAUAGCGAGUGUGUGCCGCUGGCUGAAUGUGGUUGCGUUCACCAAGGCCAAUACUACCAGAUGGGCCAGGUGUUCUUCCCCAACGGCCAGUGUAAAGAGCGCUGUGUGUGUAACAAGGAUGGAGACGUGGAGUGUAAUGUGAAGUUUGCCUGUGGUCCCAAUGAGAAGUGCCAGGUCCAAGACGGGGUGCAGGCCUGUGUACCCAUGAGCACGGGCACCUGCCAUGUGAGCGGGGCGAGGAGAUUCCACUCAUUCGAUGGCAGCUGCUUCAGCCUACACGGGGACUGUGUGUACAAAAUGUUGGAGGUUGUGGAGAAAUACGGUUCGAUGGCUCCAUUUGUUGUGUCAGUGCAGCAGUUGACCAAGAUGGAUGAUGCAAUGGUCACCAGGAGGGUUGAAAUACAGGCCUACAAAUACAAGAUAUCUAUGUCUCCCAGAGUGGAUGACGUUGCUGCAAAUCUCCCACUGUCACUCGGAGAUGGAAAGGUCAGGGCCUACCAGAAUGGCAUUAACAUCGUCUUGGUAACAGACUUUGGCUUGAUGGUGACCUACGACACUGUUGCUGGCGCCAUCAUACAGCUUCCAUCCACUUACAAAGGUGUAACCGGUGGUCUCUGUGGCAACUAUAAUGACAAGAAGGAAGAUGACUUCCUGCUGCCCAGUGGGCUGCAGGAGCCGUCUGUGGAGAAGUUUGCAGCGGGGUGGUUGGUGGUUCUGGAAUGGGUCAAAUCUCUGACGUGUCCAGCUAACAGUCACUAUGAGUUGUGUGCCGACACCUGUUCUUCCACCUGUGACUCUCUCAGUGAGUCUCCCAAAUGCCCACUAUGCCAGGAGGGCUGCCAGUGUGACGACGGCUUUGUGUUUGAUGGUGGCAAGUGUGUCCUACUGGAGAACUGUGGCUGUGUGGUUGAUGGACACUAUUACAUGUCUGGCCAGUCUGUGAUGCUGGGCAACUGUUCUGAGACCUGCAGCUGUGCUUCAGGAGUGUUCACCUGCAAGAACUCACAGUGCAAAGAGGGCCAGAAAUGUGGGUUGAAGAAUGGAACCCCUGUGAGGACACUGAGUGCCGUGGAGAAGGAAAACUGUGUGGUGAAGAACAGUAAGGCUGUAUGUGUGGCCCAGUCUAAGGCCACCUGCAGGGCUGUGGGCGACCCCCACUACCUCACCUUUGAUGGGGAGCGGUUUGACUUCCAGGGCACCUGCUCUUACGUCAUGGCCACGGUUGUUAAAUCUGAACCUGGCCUCAUCCCGUUCACUGUCCUGACCAAGAACAACCACAGAGGGAACAAGAGGGUGUCUUUCGUAAGGAAAGUCUCAGUCACGGUCUAUGGGCUGACUGUUGUGAUCAGCACGCAUAAAGGGAAGGUUGAGGUGAAUGGUGAGAACGUCUACCUGCCUGUGACCCUAGCCGGGGGAAACCUAACGGUGGUGCAGAGUGGCAGCUAUGCUGUUCUGAAGACAAACUUUGGCCUGAAGGUUAUCUAUUUCCGCACCCUGGGUGGGCUCUGUGGGAACUACAACGGGGAUCGCAACGACGAGUUCACUAACCCCAAAGGUAACAAGGAACCCACAGUGGUGAAGUUUGCCCAGAGCUGGAGAACUGAAGACGGCGACUUGUUCUGUCAUGAUGACUGCCUAGGGGAAUGUCCUAGCUGCACUCCAGCUCUCCAACAGAAAUACAAAGGAGAGAAGUUAUGUGGUCUCUUGGCCAAAAAAGAUGGCCCAUUCGCCAGCUGCCACAAGGUCCUGGACCCAGGCAUGUUCAUGGACAACUGUGUCUAUGACAUCUGCAUCAAUAAAGGCAUCUACCAGUUCCUCUGUGAGAACAUGAAAAGCUACGAUGACGCCUGUUUGGCAGAGGGGGUCAAAAUUAGCCCUGAGUGGAGGACAAUCGCUGGAUGCCAUCUAGAUGCCGAAGCAAAGUGCAAGGAACCCUGUGUGGAGACCUGUCAAUGCAAGAAGGGCUUUGUCCUUAGCGGAGACAAAUGCGUCUCCAAGGAGAGCUGUGGCUGCUCUUAUGAAGGACGAUACUACCCGUCUGGAAUGAAGUUCUGGGAAGAUGACAAAUGCACAAAGCAGUGUGAAUGCAAUCCGGGAACAGCCAAGGUAGAAUGCAAAGCAACAGCAUGUAAGAAAUCAGAGAUGUGUGGCCUGCGUGGUGGUAAGAGAGAUUGCUACCCAACAUCUUAUGCCACUUGCCAAGGUUCAGGCGACCCCCACUACCGCACGUUUGAUGGCAAGAAGUUCGACUUCCAGGGAACGUGUACUUACGUUCUCUCCAAAUUGGUCAGCAAAGACGACAUAUCUCUGGCACCUUUUGAGGUGCUUGUAAAGAAUCAGAAUAGGGGAAGGAACACAGCAGUGUCUUACACAAAGACAGUCACCAUUACUGUCUUCAAAAACGUCAUCACCAUGAGUAGGGACAACCCUGGCAAAGUAUUGGUCAACAACCAGUAUGUGAACUUGCCAUUUGAUGUAGAAGAUGGCCUACUGUCCAUCUUCCGCAGUGGCUCCUACUCAGACCUCAUCGGAGGGCUCUGCGGAAACUGGAAUGGCCAACGGAACGACGACCUCCUCAAACCAGACAAGAGACCUGCCAACACCCCAACAUUAUUCGGGGACAGCUGGAAAGUGGGGAACGACCCUGGCUGCUCCAGCGACUGUGACGGCAAGAAGUGCCCCACCUGUGACCACAGCCUGAUGCUGGAUUACCAAACAGGGAAGUACUGCGGCAGGAUCACAGACAAGAACGGUCCGUUCAAGCACUGCCACGCCAAGGUGGACCCCACAGAGUAUUAUGAGGACUGUGUGUUUGAUAUGUGUCUGUACCGUGGCCAUGCCUCUGCCCUCUGUAACGCCCUCAGCACCUACACCACUGCCUGCCAGGAUGCCCCUGCCAAGGUGGAACAGUGGAGGUCGGACAGCUUCUGUCCUGCCCCCCAGACCUGCAGCGGCCUCGAUGAGCCUGAAAGCUGUGCGAACUCCCUGUGCACCGAGGGCUGUGUGUGUGACGACGGCUUCAUACUGAGUGAUAGCGAGUGUGUGCCGCUGGCUGAUUGUGGUUGCGUUCACCAAGGCCAAUACUACCAGAUGGGCCAGGUGUUCUUCCCCAACGGCCAGUGUAAAGAGCGCUGUGUGUGUAACAAGGAUGGAGACGUGGAGUGUAAUGUGAAGUUUGCCUGUGGUCCCAAUGAGAAGUGCCAGGUCCAAGACGGGGUGCAGGCCUGUGUACCCAUGAGCACGGGCACCUGCCAUGUGAGCGGGGCGAGGAGAUUCCACUCAUUCGAUGGCAGCUGCUUCAGCCUACACGGGGACUGUGUGUACAAAAUGUUGGAGGUUGUGGAGAAAUACGGUUCGAUGGCUCCAUUUGUUGUGUGGAUGACGUUGCUGCAAAUCUCCCACUGUCACUCGGAGAUGGAAAGGAAGAUGACUUCCUGCUGCCCAGUGGGCUGCAGGAGCCGUCUGUGGAGAAGUUUGCAGCGGGGGUGGUUGGUGGUUCUGGAAGGGGUCAAAUGUCAGACAGGAUGUGACGGGGGCUUGAAGUGUCCUCCCUCCACUGGACCCCCGGCGGCUUGUAGCAUCAUAAAGUCAACCAAGGGUCCAUUUGCCCAAUGCCAUGCUGUUGUGCCACCACAAGUGCACUUUGAGGAGUGCGUGAAGGAGGGAGAGGGUGGGGAUGCCCUGUGCCGCCACUUACAGACGUAUGUGACUUUCUGUCAGGCAUCCGGUGGCAUUGUCAGCAGUUGGAGAUCUGACCAGUUUUGUCCUCUGACGUGUCCAGCUAACAGUCACUAUGAGUUGUGUGCCGACACCUGUUCUUCCACCUGUGACUCUCUCAGUGAGUCUCCCAAAUGCCCACUAUGCCAGGAGGGCUGCCAGUGUGACGACGGCUUUGUGUUUGAUGGUGGCAAGUGUGUCCUACUGGAGAACUGUGGCUGUGUGGUUGAUGGACACUAUUACAUGUCUGGCCAGUCUGUGAUGCUGGGCAACUGUUCUGAGACCUGCAGCUGUGCUUCAGGAGUGUUCACCUGCAAGAACUCACAGUGCAAAGAGGGCCAGAAAUGUGGGUUGAAGAAUGGUGUAAUGGGCUGCUACAGCACAGACCCCUGUGAGGACACUGAGUGCCGUGAGAAGGAAAACUGUGUGGUGAAGAACAGUAAGGCUGUAUGUGUGGCCCAGUCUAAGGCCACCUGCAGGGCUGUGGGCGACCCCCACUACCUCACCUUUGAUGGGGAGCGGUUUGACUUCCAGGGCACCUGCUCUUACGUCAUGGCCACGGUUGUUAAAUCUGAACCUGGCCUCAUCCCGUUCACUGUCCUGACCAAGAACAACCACAGAGGGAACAAGAGGGUGUCUUUCGUAAGGAAAGUCUCAGUCACGGUCUAUGGGCUGACUGUUGUGAUCAGCACGCAUAAAGGGAAGGUUGAGGUGAAUGGUGAGAACGUCUACCUGCCUGUGACCCUAGCCGGGGGAAACCUAACGGUGGUGCAGAGUGGCAGCUAUGCUGUUCUGAAGACAAACUUUGGCCUGAAGGUUAUGUACGACUGGAACAUGAAGUUCUACAUCACUGCCCCCAGCAGCUAUUUCCGCACCCUGGGUGGGCUCUGUGGGAACUACAACGGGGAUCGCAACGACGAGUUCACUAACCCCAAAGGUAACAAGGAACCCACAGUGGUGAAGUUUGCCCAGAGCUGGAGAACUGAAGACGGCGACUUGUUCUGUCAUGAUGACUGCCUAGGGGAAUGUCCUAGCUGCACUCCAGCUCUCCAACAGAAAUACAAAGGAGAGAAGUUAUGUGGUCUCUUGGCCAAAAAAGAUGGCCCAUUCGCCAGCUGCCACAAGGUCCUGGACCCAGGCAUGUUCAUGGACAACUGUGUCUAUGACAUCUGCAUCAAUAAAGGCAUCUACCAGUUCCUCUGUGAGAACAUGAAAAGCUACGAUGACGCCUGUUUGGCAGAGGGGGUCAAAAUUAGCCCUGAGUGGAGGACAAUCGCUGGAUGCCCACUGGAAUGUCCGUCAAACAGCUACUAUGAGGCGUGUGGCACAGCUUGCCCUGCCUCUUGUUCAGAUCUAGAUGCCGAAGCAAAGUGCAAGGAACCCUGUGUGGAGACCUGUCAAUGCAAGAAGGGCUUUGUCCUUAGCGGAGACAAAUGCGUCUCCAAGGAGAGCUGUGGCUGCUCUUAUGAAGGACGAUACUACCCGUCUGGAAUGAAGUUCUGGGAAGAUGACAAAUGCACAAAGCAGUGUGAAUGCAAUCCGGGAACAGCCAAGGUAGAAUGCAAAGCAACAGCAUGUAAGAAAUCAGAGAUGUGUGGCCUGCGUGGUGGUAAGAGAGAUUGCUACCCAACAUCUUAUGCCACUUGCCAAGGUUCAGGCGACCCCCACUACCGCACGUUUGAUGGCAAGAAGUUCGACUUCCAGGGAACGUGUACUUACGUUCUCUCCAAAUUGGUCAGCAAAGACGACAUAUCUCUGGCACCUUUUGAGGUGCUUGUAAAGAAUCAGAAUAGGGGAAGGAACACGGCAGUGUCUUACACAAAGACAGUCACCAUCACUGUCUUCAAAAAUGUCAUCACCAUGAGUAGGGACAACCCUGGCAAAGUAUUGGUCAACAACCAGUAUGUGAACUUGCCAUUUGAUGUAGAAGAUGGCCUACUGUCCAUCUUCCGCAGUGGGUAUUUCGGGGUGGUGAAGACCAACUUUGGCCUGACACUGAAGUUCAACUGGAACAGCCACGUCUCCCUAACCCUCCCCAGCUCCUACUCAGACCUCACCGGAGGGCUCUCUGGAAAGUGGGGGAACGACCCUGGCUGCUCCAGCGACUGUGACGGCAAGAAGUGCCCCACCUGUGACCACAGCCUGAUGCUGGAUUACCAAACAGGGAAGUACUGCGGCAGGAUCACAGACAAGAACGGUCCGUUCAAGCACUGCCACGCCAAGGUGGACCCCACAGAGUAUUAUGAGGACUGUGUGUUUGAUAUGUGUCUGUACCGUGGCCAUGCCUCUGCCCUCUGUAACGCCCUCAGCACCUACACCACUGCCUGCCAGGAUGCCCCUGCCAAGGUGGAACAGUGGAGGUCGGACAGCUUCUGUCCAUCUUCCUGCAAGGCCAACAGCCACUAUGAGGUGUGUGCCUCAAGCUGCCCCCAGACCUGCAGCGGCCUCGAUGAGCCUGAAAGCUGUGCGAACUCCCUGUGCACCGAGGGCUGUGUGUGUGACGACGGCUUCAUACUGAGUGAUAGCGAGUGUGUGCCGCUGGCUGAAUGUGGUUGCGUUCACCAAGGCCAAUACUACCAGAUGGGCCAGGUGUUCUUCCCCAACGGCCAGUGUAAAGAGCGCUGUGUGUGUAACAAGGAUGGAGACGUGGAGUGUAAUGUGAAGUUUGCCUGUGGUCCCAAUGAGAAGUGCCAGGUCCAAGACGGGGUGCAGGCCUGUGUACCCAUGAGCACGGGCACCUGCCAUGUGAGCGGGGCGAGGAGAUUCCACUCAUUCGAUGGCAGCUGCUUCAGCCUACACGGGGACUGUGUGUACAAAAUGUUGGAGGUUGUGGAGAAAUACGGUUCGAUGGCUCCAUUUGUUGUGUCAGUGCAGCAGUUGACCAAGAUGGAUGAUGCAAUGGUCACCAGGAGGGUUGAAAUACAGGCCUACAAAUACAAGAUAUCUAUGUCUCCCAGAGUGAUAUGGGAAAUAACGGUGGAUGACGUUGCUGCAAAUCUCCCACUGUCACUCGGAGAUGGAAAGGUCAGGGCCUACCAGAAUGGCAUUAACAUCGUCUUGGUAACAGACUUUGGCUUGAUGGUGACCUACGACACUGUUGCUGGCGCCAUCAUACAGCUUCCAUCCACUUACAAAGGUGUAACCGGUGGUCUCUGUGGCAACUAUAAUGACAAGAAGGAAGAUGACUUCCUGCUGCCCAGUGGGCUGCAGGAGCCGUCUGUGGAGAAGUUUGCAGCGGGGUGGUUGGUAGUUCUGGAAGGGGUCAAAUGUCAGACAGGAUGUGACGGUGGCUUGAAGUGUCCUCCCUCCACUGGACCCCCGGCGGCUUGUAGCAUCAUAAAGUCAACCAAGGGUCCAUUUGCUCAAUGCCAUGCUGUUGUGCCACCACAAGUGCACUUUGAGGAGUGCGUGAAGGAGGGAGAGGGUGGGGAUGCCCUGUGCCGCCACUUACAGACGUAUGUGACUUUCUGUCAGGCAUCCGGUGGCAUUGUCAGCAGCUGGAGAUCUGACCAGUUUUGUCCUCUGACGUGUCCAGCUAACAGUCACUAUGAGUUGUGUGCCGACACCUGUUCUUCCACCUGUGACUCUCUCAGUGAGUCUCCCAAAUGCCCACUAUGCCAGGAGGGCUGCCAGUGUGACGACGGCUUUGUGUUUGAUGGUGGCAAGUGUGUCCUACUGGAGAACUGUGGCUGUGUGGUUGAUGGACACUAUUACAUGUCUGGCCAGUCUGUGAUGCUGGCCAACUGUUCUGGGACCUGCAGCUGUGCUUCAGGAGUGUUCACCUGCAAGAACUCACAGUGCAAAGAGGGCCAGAAAUGUGGGUUGAAGAAUGGAGUGUUGGGCUGCUACAGCACAGACCCCUGUGAGGACACUGAGUGCCGUGAGAAGGAGAACUGUGUGGUGGAGAACAAUAAGGCGGUAUGUGUGGCCCAGUCUAAGGCCUACUGCUGGUUGUUCGGUGACCCUCACUACACCACGUUCGAUGGCCAGCCCUUCUCCUUCAUGGGUACCUGCUCCUACAUUCUGGUGAACACGACGGGCAAAGACCCCUCCCUGCCUCAGUUCAGCAUCCAGACCAAGAACGAGCUGCGCUUCAACUCUAAAGGCUCCUUCUUCAAGUCAGCCAACAUAGACCUGAGUGGUCACAGGAUCACCAUUCUCAGUGGCCAAAGAGGGACAGUGGAGAUUGAUGGCAUUAGGUCUGACCUCCCUGUGAGUUUGGAGUCUGGCAGCGUCAGAAUCACAGAGUCUGGUAUCCAAGGGACCAUCCAGACAGAUGUUGGCCUCAAGAUCACUUUUGACUGGAACAUCCUCUUCGUGGUGACCAUCAGCAGCAGUUACUACGACAACCUCGGUGGCAUCUGUGGCAACUACAAUGGUAACAAAGCAGAUGACUUCACCACUCCCACAGGCGUGCUUUCGACCAAUACCACGGCGUGGGUGGCGUCCUGGAGUGUUGCCGACGGUGACCCUUUCUGCUGGCACGUCUGUAACGGCAACUGCCCCACGUGCUCAGAUACAGACCGGGCACUUUACACUGGACCAAAGUACUGUGGUUUGAUGACACACGGAAGGGGCCCUUUUGACCAGUGUCAUAAGAAAGUGCCGGUGAAGGAGUUUGCCUCAGACUGCCUCUAUGAUGUGUGUCUGAAUGAGGGGCGACAGGAAGUGUUAUGUGAGGCCCUGGCUAACUACGUGGCCAAAUGUCAGCAGGCUGGGGCCAUUGUCUCACCACUGUGGAGAAAGGCCACCAACUGCCCCCUGGCUUGCCCGUACCACAGCCACUAUGAGCUAUGUGGCACUGCCUGCCCUGCUACCUGUGCCAAUCCCAAUGUCUCCGAGAUCUGUUCCAAAGUCUGUGUGAAGGGCUGCCAGUGUGACAAGGGUUACGUGCUCAGCGAUGAACACUGUGUCGUCAAGGAGACAGGGUGUGGCUGUACACACAAUGACCACUACUACCUGCCUGAAGAAACCUUCUGGGAGGGCAACACGUGUCAGAGUAAGUGUGUGUGCGACGGAGCCACACAGAAGGUGGUGUGUAUACCCAGAAAGUGCAAGGCUAGUGAGCACUGUGCAGUGGUCAACGGGGUUCAGGACUGCUACCCCCUCAGCUUCAAGACCUGCUCAGCACAGGGGGACCCCCACUUCCGCACCUUUGAUGGGAAGCGCUUCGACUUCCAGGGAAACUGUAUCUACAAGCUGGCGGGGGUCUGCUCCAAAGAGCCCGAUCUGGAGAGCUUUGAGGUGACUCUGGAAAACAACAACAGGGGCAGCACCAGAGUCUCCUACGCCAAGGUGGUGACUGUUGUUGUGUUGGGAAGUAGUUACACUAUCACAGGCGACUAUCACGGCAAAGUCCUGGUGAACGAUGUCCUGACGUCUCUACCGUACUACUCCAACAACACUGAGGUUCAGAUCUACAGAAACAGCCGUUUUGCUGUGCUGGAGACUCAUUUCGGUCUCAAGGUCUCCUUCGACUGGUCCAGCGAGGUGAGGGUGAAGGUCCCGAGCACCUACCACAACGCCAUCUGUGGUCUCUGUGGCAACCUCAAUGACAACCCUGACGACGACCUGCUUCUGCCCGAUGGGAAAAAGCCCAUGAGUCCCAAGGAGUUUGGAAACAGUUACUGGGUAGCUGACGUACCGGGCUGCUCCCAUGAGUGCAAAGAUUGUGCAGUUGUAGACAUCCCCCUUAUAAAGCCCAAAUAUGUCAGCGCCUGUGAUGUCAUUGUGGACAAGAGUGGUCCCCUCAGAGACUGCAUUGGUAGAGUGGACUCUGUUGAGUACAAAGAAGACUGCAUCUAUGACAUGAUCCUCAACAGCGGCCUACUGACGGCAGCCUGUGACAUCAUCACCAACUAUGUGGAAGAGUGUCAGGAGAAGGGAGGGAAAAUCGAGGCCUGGAGGAGUAAAGACUUCUGCCACCUCCCUUGUCCAGAGAACAGUGUCUACAGCCUCUCGGCCCCGGGGUGCCCGGCCACAUGUUACUCCAUGACCUCCGCCCCAGGAUGCACCACUCCUCCAGGGGAGGGCUGUCAGUGCAAACCUGGUUUCCUGCUGAGCGAAGACAAGUGUGUCCACGUGAAGGACUGCGGCUGUCACCACGAGGGUCGCUACUUUGUGUCCGGCGAGGUCUUCUAUGAGGAGGAGAACUGCCACCACCGCUGCAGCUGUAGCUCCGGCGAGAUGGCCUGUGAAGUGGCGCCCUGUGGUCCAAAGACCACGUGUGCGGUGGUGAAGGGGGUCAGGGGUUGUUACAUUAUCAGUAGCAAAGAUUCAAACAACCAGUCAUGGAUUCAAAAACUCCUUAACAAAUAUGGAAAACCUGUACAUAUCAAGUUUGGAGGCUAGAGCAUUUUAAUUUUCAAAUAAACUCUCAUGGCUCUAAAAUAUCCUUUAAAAACGUCCCUUUCAUGUCCAGGCUGUAGGUAUUUCAACGUAAAAUCGUAAAAGUACCUUAAAAUUACCUUCUGUAUGUGAUAACAUAUUCUGAACUAUAUAAUGUUGUGAGGGAUUAUGAGUAUUUAUGCAUGGAAUUGUUAUUGAACUCUGUAUUCAUUAUAAUCCAGAUAUAAUCCCAGAAUUGUGUAUCACUACAACUCAGAUUAUCUCUGUAUGUGUGUAUCUCUGUCUAUCCUUUACAACUUUGAAAAGCCUAAUAAUAAAUAUAUA